GGUACAUUUGAUCUAACUUGUAAAUCGAAAUCAAAAUGGCCCAAUCUAGAUUUGGAAAAUUUUUAUUAACGGAUUCGGGGCGUUCUUUUUGUAUGUACACAACUUUAACGCUUGGAACCGGUGUAUUCUGCAUUAAUUAUUUGCCAAAUACGAUAUUUUUGAAUAAAUACAAAGAGAUCGUUCAACUAUACAAUAAUGGAUUAUCGGUUCUUGUGUCUGAUGAUUUAAAAAAGAAAUUCAAUAAAGCCAUUGAUUUAAUUGGGAUUCCGAAAGAAGAUCGUUGUCAAUAUAAACCGUUUAUGGUUUACGGUUUUGAUAUAUACAGUAUAGGAACUCCAUUUGGGAAAGAGGGUGGAUUAGUUGGAUUACCCAUAAAUUUUACUUACACCAAUACAGAAUCGAUUGAUAAAUUUCAAAUAAGAUUAAAUGAUGCUUCAGUUGUUUGGGACACAACAGAAGGAAAACAACUUUUAGAAUCAUACGUUUUAUCAGAUAAUGCUCAAAUGUAUGGGAUAGCACGCGAAUUAAAAAUGCUGGAGUCACCCAAAUUUCUUUUAGACACUUUUUUUAGAACAGCCAGUAUUUUUGGUUGUUACAUCUUGUGUGUGCUUUUUAAUAGACGUAUGAACUUAUUACAAAAACCGCGUUCGUUAAGAUUUAUGCUUUAUGCAAUCGUUGGUGGAUUUACCUUUGGAAAUUAUGCAUUAGCUAAAGAUUUUACGCAAGUGCAUUAUGAAAUGAAGAUUGAUAAAUUUUUGAAAGAAAAGGACCCUAUUUUUGUUGAGGGGGGGAAAGAGUUUUAUGAAAAAAUGUUGUUACGAAAUAGAGCUUUAAGGAAAUUAUUGGGAAAAUCCGGUGAAUCGUAUUAUAGUGUUUUAGGAAACGAAAAUUACUUAAUUAGACAAAAACAUAUUCCUAUUGUGCAUAGGAAGGAGUUUUUUGAAUCAAAACAAGAAGUUGCUUAAUUUAUUUUUGUUAAAAUAUGUUUUGUUAUAAUUAGA